ACCCAGACUGUCAAUCAACGAAACAUGUGUUUGUAAAAGGGUUGUGCACAUCAGACUCAGAGACUGAUAAAUAGGAUUGCUAAAGUUUUACUCAUUUACCGAUAAAUCAAGCCCAUAAUGACACUGUGCAAAUAGAUCUUGUUGGUGACGUUAGAGCCCUCUGCUUGGCCAACUGAUAGGAACUUUCACAGAAAGGUACACACACACGGGAUCGAGAAAAUGGCAACUGGGACCCAAUGCUCAACUGUUACCAUAACGCAGUGACGGCCAUAUGCAGUGACGGACAUUCAUUGAAAGUUCGAGAUACUCAAUUUUUCGUCUUUUGGGAACACCGUCUAAGUUUCAUUUUGGAUACAACGACGUCGCCGUCAUGGACAAUGCGACGACAGCGGGACAGACUCAGUCUACAGUGACAUCAUACGUUGGGAUUGUCAACUCAUCAGACAAUUUAACGAAUGUGACUGUAUGGCCUGCUUGCUACCUAAACAAAGAAACCCCAAAGACAAAGGAACUUUUGAAAGUAAUAAUACAGAGUCCUGCCCACAUUGCCGUCAUGCUCUCAGCCCUACUCUUAGUGUUCUGCACUCUGGUGAUGUACAUUGAGGGACAGAUGUACAUUCUUAAGAAAAUCCCAGGAAGACGAAAGGUUCACCUGUCAUUUAUAUUCAGUUUAUACCCAGUGUUUUCAGCGACAUCGUUAUGUGGCUUUUUUAUUCCGAAGGCACACAUAGUUGCCAAGUUUACGUCUGAAAUUUGGCUCUCGCUGGUGCUAUUCCAGUUUGUAUUAUUAGUAAGCGAGUACUUUGGGAGCAGGGAAAAGAUGUUAAAUAGUCUACAUGGCGUUAAGAUUCCCUUAGCUGGUCCUCCGUGUCUCUGCUGUUGCUGUUGUUGUCUCCCAUCGGUGCUUAUCAGCGGCAAGAAUGUGGACACUUUCGUUCGAAGAGUGAAGAUUCUGGUUCUACAGGUUGCAGUUCUACGUCCCAUCAUGUGGUUCAUCGCAAUCAUUCUAUGGAUUAAUGGCAAUUAUACCGAAGGAGCGUUAUCCUUCGGGGAUGCGUACCCCUACAUGGCUGUUAUUUCUGUGGUAUCCAACAUGGCCGGUCUUCAAGCUCUGGUCACCCUCUUCAAGAUAUCUCAGGAUCCACUGUCGUCUUACAGGAUAAAACCCAAGUUUUUUACCGUGCAGUUCACGUUGAUUAUCACCAGCGUACAGUCCCUGGUCACCGGGACGCUAGCAAAGUUUGGCGUUAUCAAAUGUUUGGGCCCAUUCAACCCAAGGGUUAACGAAAAAUUGAUCAUCAACUUUGCCGUCAUCGUGGAGAUGUUCUUCUUUAUGAUACUUGCCGCUUGGUGGUACCGUCGAGUCGAAGGCAACGUGGACCACGACCUACUGGAACGGCAGUCGUAUAAGAGGCUGUCUCGGGCCUCUUACAAGAAGAACCCUGCUGAACAGAUCAUUCUAAGGGACGUAGAGCCAACCAAAGGCGAGAUAUCCCUACACUCAUCAUCACCGAAUAACAAUGACGUGCCAACAGAUGAUGGUAUCUGGCGGCAACGCCGGGAGUCCAAUGGGAAAGUUGACGUGAAGAACACGCGGUCAACGUCUGCUGCAGUGACGCACUCCACUCAAAAGGCGGGAAAACCUCACAAAGACUUCCAAAAGGAACCACUGUUGACGAGUACCAGUAUGACUGAUGAAAAGGCUGCCAGUGACGUCAUUGUAUCACCUUCAACAUUUCCGAUCGACGAAUUUGCGUCUUCCAGGGAAACUGACGUAUGAUACUUUCGAGUCUAAGAACUAAAACGUUACGAGUUUCUUAUUUUGUAUUUUAGUUUAUAUCUGUGUGUUGUUUCAUUGCGUAAUACGGAGCUGCACUUGCAAGUAUUAUAUGAUGCAUCUGGAGUUAGUGAUGGUCAUACCUGCUGACCAUUGUAGUCGGGUCAGCUAUAAAUUCAGCCAACACCACUGUGGCUGAAUGCAUUUUUUUUAAUUAUUUUGUUUUUAAAUAAUUGUAUAGUUUCAGUUUAAAAUGCAACCCAAAGAAACGUAAUUUUGGUGAAUUUUUGAGGUUACCGAUGGUCAAACUAUAAAGAUUCCAGAGUAGAGCCCCGGUGACGAUAUUUUGACGGUGGGGUAUUGAUGGUGCGUUUAAUUGCACAAGAAGGCAAAUCGUCUUUAGUCGCUACUUUUAUGUAGUUCAUGUAGUUGCUUAACCCCGUUGUAUGAAGUUACAACUGCUACAAGUCGGCCCAACUACUACGGCGCAAGUGUGAAAUAUUGACUAAGACACACAAUGCAGUGGUAUUUUUUAUUGAGCAACAAUUUUACCAAAUUAAUGGUAGCCUGAACAUCUCACGUCAUUCUUCGAGGCUCGUGAAUAACGCCAGAGACAGGUUCACCCGAGUAAUC